CUCCCUUUCCCUAAGGUAAGAGAGAAGGAUAGGUUAGCCGGAGUACAGCCCCCACCCAGUCCAUCGGCGGUCCGGCCAUGGCUGGACAGACGUUACCGGUGAUUGCGCUUGUUGCUAUGGCAGUCUGCGCCACGGUGGCGGAGGCGGCGGCGGCGAAGGUGCCGGCGAUGUACGUGUUCGGCGACUCCACGGCCGACGUCGGCAACAACAACUACCUGCCGGGCGCCGCCGUGCCGAGGGCCAACUUCCCGCACAACGGCAUUGACUUCCCCACGUCGCGGCCCACCGGCCGGUUCAGCAACGGCUACAACGGCGUCGACUUCUUGGCUCUUAACAUGGGAUUCAGGCGCAGCCCCCCACCGUACCUCGCCGUGGCUAACAAAACCAGCAAUCCAUUGUUCAGGGGCUUACAGGGAGUAAACUUUGCCUCUGCAGGAUCAGGCAUUCUUGACUCAACUGGUCAAUCCAUCAUCCCAAUGAGCAAGCAAGUGGAGCAAUUCGCCAUCGUGCAACGCAACAUCUCCUCACGGAUCAGCAAGCAGGCCGCGGACAGCGUGCUCUCCAGGUCCCUGUUCCUCAUCAGCACCGGCGGCAACGACAUCUUUGCCUUCUUCUCCCGGAACAGCACGCCGUCGGCCGCGGAGAUGCAGCAGUUCGUCUCCAAUCUCGUCUCGUUGUACACAAAUCAUGUCAAGGAUCUGUACGUUCUCGGUGCGAGGAAGUUCGCCGUGAUCGACGUCCCGCCGAUCGGGUGCUGUCCCUACCCCAGAAGCAUGCACCCUCUGGGUGCUUGCAUCGACGUCCUCAACGAGCUGGCCCGUGGGUUGAACAAGGGCGUCAAGGACGCCAUGCAUGGCCUCAGCGUGAGCUUCGGCGGUUUGAAGUACUCCAUCGGGAGCUCCCAUGCCGUCGUGCAAAGCAUCAUGAAGCAUCCCCAACGACUCGGAUUCAAGGAGGUCACGACGGCGUGCUGCGGCUCCGGCAAGUUCAACGGCAAGUCGGGGUGCACGCCGAACGCCACGCUGUGCAACAACCGGCACGACUACCUCUUCUGGGACCUGCUGCAUCCGACGCACGCCACGUCCAAGCUCGCCGCCGCGGCCAUCUACAACGGCACGCUGCGCUUCGCCGCGCCGGUAAAUUUCAGGCAGCUCGUGGACGACCACUACUAGCAAGAGCGUGGCGGUGUAGUAAGGCCCGUAACACUACUAGGUUUGCUGUACGUCGUCGCAACUGCGUGGCUGUGUGUUGGUGAUAUUGGUGCGUAGGAUAUGCCGGGCUGUGUUCAUCAGUGGCUUGUGCUUUAGGUGGUGGUGUUGUUUGGAUCCACGUGUCAAAAUGCAUGUCAUCUCCGUUAUUAUUAUUGUUGCCUUGUUG